AUGGGUGGUGGUCCGAAGAUCCCGUACCCGAAGCAUGUCUGGUCGCCUUCUGGCGGCUGGUACGCACAGCCAGCCAACUGGAAGCGCAACACGGCCAUUGCUGGCGUUGCCGUGUUCGCCAUAACCGCAGUCGUCUGGAAGAUUGACGGCGAGCUGGAGUACCGGAGCAAGAUGCCCGAGCCAGGACGUUUCUUCCCCAGCAGAUACUGGAGCAAGCAGAUCAUCGAGUACGAGAAGGAGCAAAAGGCACUACAACAACAAAACAAAUGA